ACUUUGUUUAAUGCAUGUUCUAUGUUUAAUGUAGAUUGUAGGUAAAACAAAAAUAGGUAUUUGUACAGAUAAUUUAUUUAAACGGGUUAUCAAAUGUACGUAACUACUUGACCUUAUAAAAAUUACAUUAAUGAUGAUUAAAAUGUGUUAAAUAUUUUUUUGAACAUGACGUGGAAAACUAUUUCUUUAUGCUUGUGCAUUUAUGGUGUUUUAAAAGAGUUUCGACCAUCAGAAUCUUAUUUCAUUCCUUAUUUACUAAGUCCACGGAUGAAUUUUACUGAAGAACAAGUUAAUAAUGAAAUACUGACUAUUGGUGUUUAUGCAUCAAUGAUAUGUAUGAUAUUUGUUUCAUUAACAACUGACUGGUUGAGGUACAAAAUUGUAAUUGUUAUCCAAGCAUUUUGCGGUGUUUGUAUUUAUGCUUUGUUAUCUUUUUUUACAAGUUUUUUAUCUAUUGUUGUAGUUCAAAUUUUGUAUGGCAUGUUUGUUGCUACAGAAGUUGCUUACUUCACAUAUACCUAUUCUGUUGUGAAUAUAAAAUAUUACCAGAAAGUUACUAGUUAUAUAAGAGCUGCGCAUCUUAUAGGACGUUUCUUUUCAGGGUUUCUUUCUCAGGUGUUUAUUUCAACAAAAUUAGUUGAUACAUAUCAAUUAAAUUUCCUUACAUUAGGAAGUCUGAUGGCUGCUAUGAUAUGGACAUUGACAUUACCAGCUGUAAAAAGAAGUGAACCAAAGUCAGAAACUCAGAAAAUGAAUGUAAUUGAUAGAACAUUAGAAACAAAAAUAGAAGAUGGAGAUGAUGAAUCAGCUGAAAAUAGUACAGAACAUAGCAAGAUGUCUUGGAAAUAUUUCAAGUCCAUGUGUAAAGAGUAUAAGAGUUUGUAUAUUUUGAAAUGGUCGUUUUGGGUUAUAACUGCAACUUGUUGUUUUAAUCAAGUUUUGUAUUAUAUUCAGUCAUUGUGGGAAUCUUUGAGUCAUGAUGAAUGUCUUGAGAAUAGUAGUAUUUGUACUAAAACUUCAGAGUGGAAUGGAGCUGUUGAUGCAGCUUAUACAAUCAUAAGUGCAUUUAUUACGUUUUUAUGUGGUUCUAUUAGCAUGAAUAUGGAUAAAUAUAGUAAUUUACUUAUUAUAGUAACGUCUUUUGUCCAAUUUGUUACUCUUUAUAUAUCAGUUUUAUAUAACUCAAUUUAUGUAUCAUAUAUCAAUUACAUAAUUUUUUGCACAAUUUAUCAAGGGAUGAUGACCAUUGCCAGCUCUGAAAUAGCCAAAUGUGUCAAUAAAGAUAACCAUGGAUUUGUGUUUGGUGUUAAUAACUUAUUAGCUUCAACUUUACAAUCAUUAGCUACAUUUUUCAUGACCAUGGGAGGUUUGUCGUCAUCAUCUAAAAUUUUGUUUGAAUGGUAUGCUAUAUUUUGUUUGGUAAUUGGAGUAUGUUAUUUAUUUAUAUCAAUUUUACAAGUUUUUAAGAAGUAAUUCAUGACAAACAUUUUAAUGCAUAAAUUAGGUGAUUUAAUUUAUCUUAUUAACUUAAAAACUAAUAAAUAAUUAAAAUAUUUAUAUUUGUUUGCUCAACAUCAUAAUAUACCAUGUUAAACAUAAUAUUGUAACUUAUAAUUAUUAUUUUUAUAACAUUAAUUUAAUUUUUAUUACUUUUUGUAUUAUUAAUUAUGUAAAAUAAUUGUAAUUGAAUACAAAGAUGAUAUCGAUAAGUUAUGAAUUUAUACCUAUUAAUAAGUAAAAAUUAUAAGUACCUUAUUAAUUUUAUAAUUUACAUGUCUAUUUAAAAAGAAUAUUGUAAUGUAAACGUUUUACAAUUAUUUUAAUGAAUAAAAUGAUUUGUGAUUAA